AUGUCUGAAGAUUUCAAUAGUGCGAAGUUCCUAAACAAACAACUGAAAGCUCGGGGACUGCAGAAACUACGAUUCUAUUGUCAAGUAUGCAACAAACAAUGUAGAGAUCAGAAUGGGUUUAAAUCACAUGUGAAAUCGCCUUCACACCUAAAGAAUAUAUCCACUGUGACUCAGGAUGAUAUUUUAGAGUUCACAAAGUUGUUUGAAGAGAACUUCCUAAAUACCUUGAAGACUAAUCAUGGCGAGAAGAAAAUAGCUGUGAACAAACUAUACAAUGAAAUUAUCAAAGAUAGAGACCAUAUCCAUAUGAAUGCUACUAGCUUUAAGUCCUUAACUGGAUUCAUAAAAUACCUGAGCAAAGAAGGUAAGAUCAAAGUCUAUGAUGAUAAUAUCGGCGAUAUGCCGGAGGACCAGGUAGAUUUAACCCAGCUCAAUAUUAGCUUCAUUGACAAUUCUGACACAAAUUUGAGGCGCAAAGAAAAAUUACAAGAGAUAGAAGCAGAAGAACUAACCGAAUCCAAAUUAGAGGAAUAUCUUAGAACUAAGAGACAACUUCGGGAACAGGAAGAAGAAGAAUCGGAUGUUCAGGAUACCGACCUUGGAUCAAAUACUGAUAUACAACGUGAUAAUCUAACCAAUCUCAAAAUCCAACUUAAGAAAACGAAAAUAAAGCAAAAUAAAGUAAAGAAACCACUAAAUAAAAACAAAAAUAAUGUUUUUGGUUGA